GCGAUGCAAGCAACUUGGUCCUACGUCAGAACGCAAGGACACCCAGCCAGCUGUUCAUCACGGCUUGAUCGCUUCCAGGAAAUCAGGUGAUCGAACAUGCAGGCCCCCGUGACCGACUGGCUGCAAAGCUGAAUAAAUUGUGCUUUGAGAUGGAAGCCGCCGGGCUGAUGGAUAAAUUCCCUUGCCUGGUGAUACGAGGGAUUCCAUACUAUGCUGAUUCGCAUAAGAACAAGCAAUGGCAGGGAUACGCAGCCGCCACGGCAGCUGCUUACGCCAAAGAGCUAUUGUCGGUGAUCAACGCCACAGGGCCCAGAGUAGCUCGCGAAACAACAAAGAAGCAAACAUCGUGCGACGUCGACCAUCGCAGGUGUGCCAGCCAUGGAUGCAUUGCGAUUUGAACAGACAGAGAGUCGACAGGCGACAAUCAAAGCUGCUCACGCUAAGACCGGCCGAUGGCUCUUGGAGACACAAGAAUAUUUAG